AACCCACCUCAACUUCCACCAAGCUUUGGACUUUCACUUCGUUUUUCGCUCUCCGGAGGAAAAAAAAACAAACCCUUUUCUCAAUUCAAUGCCGUGUACUCGCCAGGCCUCUCCCUAUCCUCGCCUACUAAUAGUAAGUCAUCCCCACGAAGGGACAACUAUGAAACUGAGCAGGACUCCAUUUCGGUUCUCAAUGAGAGAAUUUGGAGAGACUACAGUAAGAGAGAGGCUAUAAGGCCUGUAAUGGACUCAGAAGAGGCUGACAAGUAUAUUCGGUUGGUUAAGGAGAAACAGCAAAUUGGAUUGCAGAAGUUAAAGAGUAAGAAAGCAGGUGAUGGUGGUGGUAAUGGUGAUGGUGGCGGUGGCGGUGGUUUUAGUUAUAAGGUUGAUCCGUACGAUUUAAGGUCGGGUGAUUAUGUGGUGCAUAAAAAGGUUGGUAUUAGGAGAUUUGUUGGGAUAAAGUUUGAUGUGCCAAAGGGGUCUUCUGAGCCUAUUGAGUAUGUGUUUAUAGAGUAUUCUGAUGAUAUGGCUAAACUUCCUGUUAAGCAGGCCUCUCGUAUGCUCUGCCGAUAUAAUCUGCUUAAUGAGACAAAAAAACCUUGGACAUUGAGCAAAUUGAAUGACACUAGUGUGUGGGAGAGAAGAAAGAUAAAAGGAAAGGUUGCAAUUCAGAAAAUGGUUGUGGACCUAAUGGAGCUGUAUUUACAUAGGCUGAAACAAACAAGACCUCCCUACCCCAAGAAUCCUGCCAUGGUUGACUUUGCUGCCCAAUUUCCUUAUGAACCCACACCAGAUCAAAAGCAAGCUUUUAUUGAUGUUGAACGGGAUCUGACUGAGAGGGAAACUCCAAUGGACUGUUUAAUUUUUGGAGAUGUUGGAUGGAGUUCCAUCAUUGGAUUUGGUAAAACUGAAGUUGCACUACGUGCCAUCUUCUGUGUAGUCUUUGCAGGGAAGCAGUCUAUGGUUCUCGCACCUACAAUUGUUUUAGCCAAACAGCAUUUUGAUGUUAUUUCUGAGCGGUUUUCCUUAUAUCCUAAUGUCAAUGUUGGACUGCUGAGUCGGUUUCAGACUAAAGCAGAGAAAGAAGAGUAUCUGGACAUGAUAAAACAAGGUCAUCUGAACAUUAUUGUGGGAACUCAUUCACUUCUUGGAAGUCGUGUUGUAUUUAACAAUCUAGGUCUUCUUGUGGUCGAUGAGGAACAGAGGUUUGUUGUCAAACAGAAGGGGAAGAUUGCUCCAUUUAAAACCUCAGUUGAUGUUCUUACUCUGUCUGCAACACCUAUACCACGAACACUCUAUUUAGCAUUGACUGGAUUUCGUGAUGCUAGCUUAAUUUCAACUCCACCUCCAGAAAGAGUUCCUAUAAAAACCCAUCUUUCGGCUUUCAGUAAGGAAAAGGUAAUAUCAGCAGUCAAGAAUGAGCUGGACCGGGAUGGACAGGUUUUUUACGUCUUGCCUCGUAUAAAAGGACUUGAAGAAGUGAUGGAUUUUCUUGAACAGGCAUUUCCAAAGUUUGAUAUAGCUAUUGCACAUGGACAGCAAUACUCGAAGCAGCUUGAGUAAACCAUGGAGAAAUUUUCACGAGGCAUUAUUAAGAUUCUUAUAUACAAUAUAGUCGAAAGUGGGCUUGACAUUCAAAAUGCAAACAGUAUCAUAGUUCAGGAUGUUCAACAGUUUGGCCUAGCGUAGUUGUACCAGAUUCGUGGAAAGCUGAGGAGCAAGAAACACAUCAGUAAAUGUAAAAGAAGCAUUUCCGAGUAG